ACCGGCCCCGCUGCGGGUUUGUGGCCCGCGAGGCCUACGGGCUCCGCGUUUGGAGCUUCGCUUCAGGCUGGCCGGAAGAUCGGCGGUUCGGUCCCAGCGUACCGACGCUUCUUGAGUUCCUUUCUCGGUCCCGCGGCUGCGGCCGUUGGACGCGGCGCGGCCCGGGCGCGCGAGGCGAAUCUGCCGCGACGAAUCGGCGGGCGUGGCGCCGGCGGCCUCGCGAGAGUGCGGCACGGACGGAGGCGGCGCGACGGGCCUUGCGGACUGAGGGCCGCGGGCUGAGAGCGGGCAGCGGAGUGGCUGGGGGCCGGCCGGGCCCCGCGGCUCCGACAUGACGGGCCGCGUAUGCCGCAGCUGCGGCGGCACGGACAUCGAGUUAGACGCGGCGCGCGGCGACGCGGUGUGCACGGCCUGCGGCUCGGUGCUCGAGGACAACAUCAUCGUGUCCGAGGUGCAGUUCGUGGAGAACAGCGGCGGAGGCUCGUCGGCGGUCGGCCAGUUCGUGUCACUGGACGGUGCUGGCAAAACCCCAACCCUAGGCGGUGGCUUUCAUGUGAACUUGGGAAAGGAAUCAAGAGCACAGACCCUACAGAAUGGGCGGCGCCACAUCCACCACCUGGGGAGCCAGCUGCAGCUGAACCAGCACUGCCUGGAUACUGCCUUCAACUUCUUCAAGAUGGCUGUAAGCAAGCAUCUUACCCGAGGACGGAAAAUGGCCCAUGUGAUUGCUGCCUGCCUCUACUUGGUUUGCCGAACUGAAGGCACACCUCAUAUGCUCCUGGACCUCAGCGACCUGCUCCAGGUGAAUGUGUAUGUGCUGGGGAAGACGUUCCUGCUCCUGGCGAGGGAGCUGUGCAUCAACGCCCCAGCUAUAGACCCGUGCUUGUACAUUCCACGCUUUGCUCAUCUACUGGAGUUUGGGGAGAAGAACCAUGAGGUAUCCAUGACAGCCCUGAGGCUUCUGCAGAGAAUGAAGAGAGAUUGGAUGCACACGGGUCGGCGCCCCUCUGGCCUUUGUGGAGCAGCGCUUUUGGUUGCAGCCAGAAUGCAUGACUUCCGGAGAACCGUCAAAGAAGUCAUCAGCGUGGUCAAAGUAUGCGAGUCCACACUACGGAAGAGGCUCACAGAAUUUGAAGACACUCCCACCAGCCAGCUCACCAUUGACGAGUUUAUGAAGAUUGACUUGGAGGAGGAGUGUGACCCUCCCUCGUACACGGCUGGGCAGAGGAAGCUGCGCAUGAAGCAGCUGGAACAGGUCCUGUCAAAAAAGCUAGAAGAAGUUGAAGGUGAAAUAUCCAGUUACCAGGAUGCCAUUGAAAUUGAGUUAGAAAACAGCCGACCAAAAGCAAAAGGGGCUCUUGCCAACUUGUCAAAGGAUGGCUCCGGUGAGGAUGCCACGUGCAGCCCAUUCUGUGAGGAGGACACUGAGGACGAAGAGCUGGAGGCUGCUGCCAGCCACAUGAACAAGGACUUUUACCGAGAGCUCCUGGGGCAUGAUGGUGGCUCAGAAGCAGCAGAAGGCCCUGAUGGGGGCAGCAGGCCCCUCGCCCUGGAGUCCCUACUUGGCCCUCUGCCCACAGCAGCCAGCCUGGGCAUCUCCGACUCCAUUCGAGAGUGCAUCUCCUCCCCAAGUGGGGACCUCAAAGACGCUUCAGGGGAUGGGGAGCUGGACCUCAGCGGCAUCGAUGACCUUGAAAUUGACAGAUACAUCCUAAAUGAGUCAGAAACCCGUGUAAAAGCCGAAUUGUGGAUGCGGGAGAAUGCUGAGUACCUGCGGGAGCAGAGAGAAAAAGAAGCAAGAAUAGCAAAGGAAAAGGAGCUUGGCAUCUAUAAGGAGCACAAGCCCAAGAAGUCUUGCAAACGCCGGGAGCCAAUCCUGGCCAGCACGGCUGGGGAGGCCAUUGAGAAGAUGCUGGAGCAGAAGAAAAUCUCCAGCAAGAUCAACUACAGUGUUCUGCGAGACCUUAACAGCAAGGGUGGGGGCAGCCCACCCAGAGAGGACUCACAGCCCCCAGAGCGUGCUGGCACCAAGAAGCUGUCACGGAGGAAAAGAGCAGCUAGCAGGAGUAGCGCUGAUCCUGGGACAAGCACAGGGAAGAGGUUGAGGCCUCUGGUGUCUGCACAGCCCACUAAGAAGGCAGCUGUGGGAGAGGCCUUGCUCUUAAGUUCUCCUGCUUUGGGAGCUGAGCCCAUCAAGCCGUCAGCAGUCUUGGUGGAGAGUGGCCCUGUGUCGUACCAUCCUGAGGAGGAUGCAGAUGAGGAGGAUGCUGAGGAAGAAGAUGGGGAGCCCUGCGUCAGCGCUCUUCAGAUGAUGGGUGGCAAUGAUUAUGGCUGUGAUGGUGAUGAGGAUGACGGCUACUGAGUGGAACUCAAGGCCAGGCAGCAUCCUGGUGCUGGACUCCAAGUGUGUUUGUCUUACGGCGGUCAGAUGGGCCCUGGGACCACAGCUCACAGGCAUGAUUCCUGAGACUCGACCAGUCAAGCACUGCCCCACUUGAUUUGAAGCACUCUUCCCAUGGCCACAUUGUGGCCCCAUCGGACUUACUGUUGGGAAUCAUGUUUUGAGCAAUGUAAGGGAUAUUUUUGCCCAGCAAAGGAAACUAGCUGUGUGUUUAUGUGUAGUGAAACAUAGUCAGGGAGUAGCCAGGUCUGGAUCCCAGUUCAUGGCCUAGCCCACUAGUCAUUGUUCAACAGAAAUCGUCAGGCAGUCACUGCAUGCUCCCAUCAUAAGAAGAUGGACGCACAAGGGCUUCAGUCAAGAAGCAGAGCCCUGGUCUUACCUGCUGCCUGUGUUCUCUGCCCUGCCCUUCCCAUCCUGGAGAGAGAGGUAUUGGGCAGGACACAUGUGGCCAUUAAUGAUCUGUUCUAGGCAGCCAUAGUGUGGAGCCCCUGCCUGGAACUGCAGCUCCAGCUUCCCACCAUCUCCAAUGCCCAUCUACUGUCUUCAGCCACUGAGACCAUUACAGUCUUUAGCCUCUUGCUUAGGACUCAUAAGUAGUGUAUUCAUGAGCCCUUGAGGCUACUCAGUGGCAGAUUAGUCAAGUUAAUCAGUGCCCAGAAAGUAGAGACCAGCAGGCCAAGCAUGCCUUCAUGCAGUUUCCUGCUGAUGUCCAGCACAACCUGUGUGGAGUCUGGGUCCUACUCCUGCCCCAUCACUUAGAAUGAGCCUUUAGUACUGAACCAAGGAGCCAAGGAGCCUACAAGCUGUCUCCUGGGCUGAGACUGAGUACUUGACUGUUUCAGAGGUGGGGCCAGGCCUGAGAUGCUGAGCCGGGGGUAGCUGCAGACAGAAGUAGACAGCAGGACAGAUAGGAAGUGAUUUUGAUGAGAAGAUUGCAGGAUGGCUUUGGAUUCUACCUGGGAUGCGUAACUGUAGUCAAGGGCCCUUCCCGGAAGUGAGGUCAGAACCGUGGUAGAGUGUUUUAGGACUUGCCUGUGGCAUAGAGAGAGUAUGGAUGAGAGGUAAGAGCUGAGGACAUAGAGACAAGUACCCUGGGAAGGAACUGAGACCGGCUCCCCAGCUGUGCCUUGUCUGCCAGGAGACAGCAGGAGGAGGGCUUGUCUGUGCUGGGAAAUAAGCAAGGGCCAGUAAGGCAAGAGUGGUGGUGUGAAGUAAUUGAAUUCCUUAUCACUGUGGAUAGAGUUGAAGAAAGUUGGGGCCGAGGGAGGGGGACAGUGGUGAGGACUGUCCCUAGAAGAUAGGUGACAUAUCUUCUUUGUGGAAGGGUCCUAAAAUGGUUGAGGAGUAAGGUCCCAGUAGGGGGCAGCAGUGAAGUAGGCAAGAUGCCUCUGAGCUGAGGUCACAGCCUUGUAUUUGAGCCACCAGCAGCACUAAUGUGAGGUUCCAGGAGGCACUGUGUCUUUAUGACCCCAUUCUGCAUGCAGUUAAUCCA